AUGGCGCCGGAGCCGGGCACUGAGGCAGUUCAUGAAUUGUGGCGCCGCGCAUCGAUUUGCCGAGUUCGUCACAUCCGCUCCUCCCGCUGUUCCCGGAACACGGCCAAGCCAUAUCCAUGUCAACUUAUUGGCACUGAGAACGGAGAUGAAUAUUUCGCCCCCACGGCAUGA